AUGCCCCAAGGCGGCACUGCUGCCAGCAGCAGCAGCCACGUCCGCCGCAUCGCCCACCGCACCCGGGACAGCUGCGCCGCCGCCCUUGCCAACACCCUCUGCUCCCUCCUCCUGGGCCUCCUCCUCGUCGCCGCCGUCGUCCUCUUCGUCCUCUGGCUCGGCCUGCGCCCACAUCGCCCGCGCUUCAACAUUGCAUCCUUCUCCGUCGCCGGCGGCCUCGACCCGGACUACAGCCCCGCCGGCACCAGCCUCGCUUUCAACGUCACGGACCGCAACCCCAACCGCCACAUCGGCAUCUACUACGACGCCAUGCAUGCCUCCGUCCACUUCUACGACGAGCUCGUCGCCUCGGGCCCGGCCUUCGCCGCCAGAUGGUACCAGCCCAACAAGACCACCACCUCCAUCACGGGCCUCCUCGAUGUCCUCGGCCCCGCCACCACCGACGCCUCCUGGCCCUCCUUCUCCGCAGCGGUCCGGUCCGGCCGAGUCCCGUUGCGCCUGCAGCUCACCACGGCCAUCCGCUUCAGAGUCACCAACGCCUUCCACUCCGGCCGCCAGAGGAUGCAUGUCAGCUGCGACCUGCUCGUCGGCGUCGACGGCAACCUGCUGCCGGAGUCCCAUGGGGCCGCCUGCGACAGAUACUUCUGA